CGGAACAGAGGAAAUGCAAGGAGAGAACAUGGAAGAGCAAAGCAAGGAAAAUCAUCGUACAAGUGAAGCUGAGACCAUUCCUCUCUUAACGCCUUACAAGAUGGGCACAUUUGAUCUUUCCCACAGGGUUGUUUUGGCUCCUCAAUCAAGACUGAGAUCUUACAAUUUCGUUGCACAACCCCAUGCCAUUCUUUACUACUCUCAAAGAACUACACCAGGUGGUUUUUUGAUUGGAGAAGCCUCCGGAAUCUCAGAGACUGCUCCAGGCUAUCCAAAUAUUCCUGGAAUAUGGACAAAGGAACAAGUAGAAGCAUGGAAACCCAUUGUGAAUGCAGUUCAUGAGAAAGGAGGAAUAUUUUUCUGCCAGCUGUGGCAUGCUGGAAGAGCUUCAAAUUACAGUUGCCAGCCUAAUGGAAGUCCCCCAAUCUCCUGUACUGACCAGCCAAUUAAGUUUGAUUUCCAUAUUGAUGGCUCUGGAGGAGCAUCUUUCCCACGCCCAAGGCGAUUAGCAGUUGAAGAGAUCUCUCAAGUAAUCAAUGACUUCAGAAUUGCAGCUAAGAAUGCUAUUGAAGCAGGUUUUGAUGGGGUUGAGAUUCACGGAGCCAACGGAUACCUAGUGGAUCAGUUCAUGAAGGAUCAGGUAAAUGAUAGAACCGAUGAGUAUGGUGGGAGCCUUGAGAAUCGAUGUCGCUUGCCUCUACAAGUGGUGGAAGCAGUUGCUGAUGAGAUAGGAGCUCAAAGAGUUGGAAUUAGGCUCUCACCAUUUGCUAAUUACAAUGACUCAGGAGACUCAAACCCUGAAGCACUUGGACUCUACAUGGCUGAGGCAUUGAACAAGUACAACAUACUUUACUGUCAUGUGAUUGAACCCAGGAUGAUCACACAAUUUGAUAAGUUGACAACUAGAAACAGUCUUUUGCCUAUGAGAAAAGCCUUCAAAGGAACAUUCAUUGUUGCUGGCGGAUAUGAUAGAGACGACGGAAAUAAAGUUAUAAGCCAAGGUGGAGCAGAUCUUGCUGCAUAUGGACGACUAUUCUUGGCCAACCCAGACUUACCAAGGAGAUUUGAGCUCAAUUCACCUCUUAACAAAUAUGACAGGAGCACUUUUUACACAUCUGACCCAGUAGUUGGUUACACGGACUAUCCUUUUCUAGACUCCAAUCCAUAGGGCCUCAUAUUCAAAUGUUCAGGAAUCAUGCGGCCAGAUCCUAAAGAAAGUAACACACAACCACAGAGUUUCUCAUUCUCUCUGAGCUCAAUAACAAGAAAAAAUGCCUGACCAGGGUAAAAGAAAAGAUUUCAUUGGGAUCAGAAGUUGUCAUAGGUACAACAUAUAUUAUCCAACUGCUUAAUUUCUUUAGCUCAUCUAUUAAGAUGAGAUGCUAAAACAAUACAUCCAAACUUACUUUUACCAUUCUACAACACGUUGCCUAAU